GACGUUGGCGUGGUAACGUAGGGCCUCUGAGAGACCUUUUUGCUGCCCAGGUUUAAUUAUCUUGUUGAAGUGUGUCGCGCGCUCCGGUCGGUCGCGUGGUGUUGUCCUUGGCGUUUGCAGAGUGUGUCGUCUCCAUUCUGUCCUGUUGGGGACAGGGAAACAAGCAGUUCUGUAGGAGACAGACUUGGGAGCCUUAGAACGCCUUAGAGUAGGCUGCGGCCGAGCAGAGCGGGCCCUUGUAGACAGGGUUCGAACCCUCUUGGACCAGAACUGGGCCUGCGGAGGCCUGGGGUGGGGGGCGAUGCUCGGGGCCCGGUGCCUUUUCCGAGCCCUGCGCUUCUGCUCGUCUGUGCCCUGCCCGAGGCACAAACCUUCAUCCAAACUGAGCGUGCGGGACGCUCUCAGGUCCCAGAACACGAGUGGGGAGCGCGUUAAGGUCCAGGGAUGGAUCCGUUCAGUCCGGUCCCAGAAGGAAGUCUUGUUCCUACAUGUAAAUGAUGGGUCAUCUUUGGAAAGCCUUCAAGUUGUUACAGAUUCAAGCUUUGACAGCAAAGAAUUGGUUUUUGGAAGUUCUGUGGAAGUCCAAGGGCAGCUGGUAAAAAGUCCAUCCAAAAGGCAAAAUGUAGAACUGAAGGCAGAAAAAAUUGAAGUUAUUGGGAAUUGUGAUGCCAAGGCAUUCCCUAUCAAAUAUAAAGAGAGGCAUCCUCUGGAGUACCUGAGAAAAUACCCUCACCUUAGAUGUAGGACAAAUGUUCUGGGAUCUAUAUUGAGGAUUCGCAGUGAAGCUACAGCUGCUAUUCAUUCCUUCUUUAAGGACAAUGGGUUUGUGCACAUUCAUACCCCAGUAAUUACAUCCAAUGACUGUGAGGGGGCUGGAGAGCUUUUUCAAGUUGAGCCUUCAAGCAAAAUAAAGGUACCUGAGGAGAAUUUCUUCAAUGUUCCUGCUUUCUUAACUGUCUCAGGACAACUACAUCUAGAAGUGAUGUCAGGAGCUUUUACUCAGGUGUUUACUUUUGGUCCAACAUUCCGAGCUGAGAAUUCUCAAAGCCGGAGACACCUGGCAGAGUUUUAUAUGGUAGAAGCAGAGAUUUGUUUUGCUGAGAACCUUCAAAAUCUCAUGCAGGUUAUAGAGGAUCUCUUCAAGGCUACAACAAUGAUCAUUCUCUCAAAUUGUCCCGAAGAUGUUGAACUCUGUCACAAAUUCAUAGCUCCUGGCCACAAGGACAGAUUAGAACAUAUGCUAAAAAACAACUUUUUAAUCAUUUCUUACAUGGAGGCCAUAGAGAUCUUAAAGAAAGCAUCCCAGAACUUCACCUUCACCCCAGAGGUAUGGGGUGUUGAUCUACAAACUGAACAUGAGAAGUACCUGGUGAAGCACUGUGGCAACAUACCAGUCUUUGUCACUAAUUAUCCAUUAGCACUCAAGCCUUUCUAUAUGCGGGACAAUGAAGACGGUCCUCAGCACACAGUUGCAGCUGUUGAUCUUCUGGUACCUGUAGUUGGGGAGCUUUUUGGUGGCAGCCUCAGGGAGGAACGGUACCAUAUCUUAGAACAGCGACUGGCCAGAUUAGGACUUACAGAAGUCUACCAAUGGAGGAGCUUGGGGCCUCGCUGUCACUGGGAAUGGCUGCCGUUCUCAUCAGGGGAGCUCUGAUCUUCACCGUGAGCAUCACUUUCUGGCUCCAAUGAAUAUCCCUCAGCCUGGUGGUACAAAUCCUUCACCCCACCACUGUAGAUUUUCUGGCUUCUACUACUGACUGGCCUUUGAGCCUUCUGGGUGCAGAUCCUUGAUACCGAUAAGCAUGAUACAAGCUUGAGACAUUGCCAUGGGCUCUAGGCCACUAGCUGGACUCAUGGAGGACACUGCCUUGGACUCUAGGCCUUCAGCUGGACUUGUGUGGAACAUUGCUGUGGGAUCCAGGCCCUUGGCUGGAUUCUUUGGGUCUCUAGUGUACAACUAAUCUCUUACACCCCUCUGCAUUUGACUUUCUUGGUGACUGUUAUAAAAUAAUCCUAUAAAUUGUGUGUCCUGUAUUAAAUCUAUUCCUUUGCAAACCCUGACCACAACAAGCCCUGAGCUGCAAAGGCCCAGAUCUGCAGGGCAGGGUGGGAUGGGCAAGGCAAGGGCAGGCAGCCUGGCAGGGGCCCGGUGCAGCAGAGCUUAGCACACAAAGGGCUGCUCUAUACUGUGUGUGCCACUUGAAACAUCUUGUCUGGUGUGUGAUGCAGGGGUGAACCAAGGGCUUGCUCUGGGGACCCAUUCCCGCUUGACUGCUGUCCGUGACCUUGGACAAGUCACUUGACCUCUGUGUGCCCCAGCAUCCUCCUCUGUAAAAGAGGGACAGUCCCUGCCCCUCCCUACCUCACUGGCCUGUUAUGAAAAUAAAUGAGGUAAUGUGUAAAUAAGUAAAUAAGUCUGGGUCAGAAGUUAUUUUUCAGGGCUUGAAACACUUCACACCAAGCUCUCCUGACCUUUAUGGUUUGUAUUGAGAAAUCUACUGUAAUUCUAAUGGGUUCACCUUUGUAAGUGAUUUGUUGAUUCUCUCUAACAGCUUUUAAGAUUCUGUUUCUGGCUGGGCAUGGUGGCACACACC